AUGACUCUGACUCCAUCUGUUGUGCUCACUCCAGAGCAUUUGAAGUUCUUAAAUGAAAAAUUGCAAUUUUUGGAACCACAAGAGAUUAUCAGAUGGGCGCAGAUCACGUUCCCCAACUUGUUCCAAACAACGGCUUUUGGUUUGACGGGGUUGGCUACCAUAGAUAUGAUCUCCAAAAUAGCGACACGAUACAGUGAAGAGAAAUAUCCCAUAGAUUUGAUUUUCAUAGACACUUUGCACCAUUUCCCCCAAACCUAUGAUUUGGUCGAAAACAUCAAGAUCAGAUACAACCCUCAGAUCCACGUGUUCAAACCUAAGGAUGUAGAAACUGAAUCUGAGUUCUCUGUAAAGUACGGUGAACAAUUAUGGGAGACUGAUGAUUCUUACUAUGAUUUCUUAGUUAAAGUAGAACCUUCGCAAAGAGCAUACAAGCAGUUGGGAGUGCUGGCAGUAUUGACAGGCAGGAGAAGAUCACAAGGUGGUGCCCGUGGAACUUUGCCUGUUAUAGAAAUCGAAGAAUCCAGUGGCACGAUCAAGAUUAAUCCUUUGUGCAAUUGGGAUUUCAAACAAGUAAAGCUGUAUAUAGACGAAAACAAGGUUCCCUACAACGAGCUCUUGGACUUGGGCUACAAGUCGAUCGGCGACUGGCAUUCUACUGUUCCAGUAGCUGAGGGAGAAGACGAAAGAAGCGGAAGAUGGAAGGGAAAAGCAAAGACAGAAUGUGGGAUUCACGAAACCAGUAAGUUUGCCCAAUUCUUAGAGAAGGCUAAUGAGGCAAAGAAGGAAGUGGUAUAA